GAGAGUGGGAGAGGGGGAAAGGGAGAGAGUGUACGUGAACGCGAUAGCGAUAUAGUCUACUGGAUAGGAAAGGAAAAUAAAGGAAAGAGAGGACUGAAGGCAGAAAAGGAAAUAGAAUAGAAAGCAGAAUUACCGGCCAAACAACCUUUUAUUUCUGACGGGGGUUCGAGCUAACGGAGCCCCUGAAGGAAAUGGCACCUCCCCAACCGAGAAGUCUUAUCUAGCCAACUUUUAUUAGUCCUAGUAUCUGGAUUACUUUUUUUGUCUGUGGAGAGUGAUUUCGCUUUAAAACAGUCUGUAAACAUUUUGUUUCCUUUACUCGGCUCUGGAAGGAGGAUUUUUGUUCUCUGUGGGAUUUUCCGUGUAAGAGAUGACUGACAGGAGGCGAUCUGCCGCCGCGCUGAGUUCGAGGGCGCACGCCUUUUCGGUGGAAGCUCUGAUCGGGACGAACAAGAAGAGGAAACUCAGAGGCUGGGAGGAAAAGGAAUUGGAAUUGUCCAUGGAAAGCCUCGAUACCAACGGACCGUUAGGAGACGGCGAGGACCCUGCGCAUUGUCUGGAUAUUGACCCUGAUUCGGAGGCUAGUCCCGGCUCAGACAGCGAGGGCUUGGCUGAGAGGACGUCUUGUUCGUUCGGCUCCCCCUCGGAUCUGGCCCCCACCCCCUGCGACCCCUCACCCUCCUCCUCCAUGGAGGAGAUCCAGGUGGAGCUGCAGUGCGCCGACCUCUGGAAGCGGUUCCACGACAUAGGCACCGAGAUGAUCAUCACAAAAGCCGGCAGGAGGAUGUUUCCAGCCAUGAGAGUGAAGAUUUUAGGUCUGGAUCCGCACCAGCAGUACUACAUAGCCAUGGACAUAGUGCCGGUAGACAACAAAAGAUACAGGUACGUGUACCACAGCUCCAAGUGGAUGGUGGCGGGUAACGCCGACUCCCCCGUCCCCCCGCGGGUCUACAUCCACCCCGACUCCCUGGCCUCCGGGGACACCUGGAUGAGGCAGGUGGUCAGCUUUGACAAGCUCAAACUCACCAACAACGAGCUGGACGACCAGGGACACGUCAUCCUGCACUCCAUGCACAAGUACCAGCCGCGGGUUCACGUCAUCCGGAAGGACUUCAGCAGCGAGCUCUCGCCCACCAAGCCGGUUCCCAGCGGGGAGGGGGUGCGCACCUUCAGCUUCCCCGAGACCGUCUUCACCACCGUCACCGCCUACCAGAACCAACAGAUCACCAGGCUAAAGAUUGACCGCAACCCAUUUGCAAAAGGAUUCCGGGAUUCUGGAAGAAACAGGACCGGCCUGGAGGCGAUCAUGGAAACCUAUGCCUUCUGGAGGCCUCCAGUGCGGACUCUUACCUUUGAAGACUUCACCAACAUGCAGAAACAGCAGGGUGGAAGCACUGGCACCUCUCCCACCACGUCCAGCACGGGCACCCCGUCCCCGUCCGGGCCCUCCCACCUGCUGUCCCCCUCCUGCUCUCCGCCCACAUUUCACCUGGCCCCCAACACGUUCAACGUGGGCUGCAGGGAGAGCCAGCUGUGCAACCUCAACCUGUCCGAGUACCCUGCCUGCGCCCGCAGCAACAUGGCGGCCCUGCAGGGCUAUGGCGGGCUGGCCGACGGCUCCUACGGCCGGCUGCAGGCAGGGGGCGCUGUGCCCUCCGCCCAGCCUUCCGACUCCUUCCUGCCUCAGAGGACUUCCUCCCUGAUCGCGGCGGGGAUGCAGGCUGGCGCCCACGCCUCGCUGCCCGGCGGCGGUGGCGGCGGUAAGAUGGAGGCCUACGGCGGCCAGCUGGGCUCCUUCCCCACCUCGCAGCUUCAGUACGUGAUGCAGGCGGGAGGUAGCUCCGCCCCUGGCUCCGCCUCCGGCUCCUCCUCCAACCCCUCCUCCUCUGCAGCCCACAUGUUCAGCAGCAGCCACCACAUGCAGCAGGGAUCGUACAACGCCUUCUCCCUCCACAACCCCUACAAUUUAUAUGGAUACAACUUCCCAGGAUCCCCAAGGCUGGCUACCAGCCCUGAGAAGCUAUCAGCAGCCCAGAGCAGCCUGCUUUGCUCCCCCUCCUCAGGCGGAGCUUUUACCGAGCGCCAGUACCUGUCCAAUGGGAUGGACGGUGUUCACAUGAUCAGCAGUCCUGCGGGUGGCCAGCAGGGGGCGAGCGGCUGUGAUGGUCGGCAGUACGGAGGCUCCUCCCAAAUGUCAGUGCACAUGGUCUAAACUGGAGCACUACCAUUGGCUGAUGACCCAUGCUAGUCUUUUCUUCAUUUGUCUCACGAUUUGAUUAUUUUUUUCGGUUUCCAUGUUGUUAAUAAGUCUGUAAUCAAAUGAAGGGAAAUACAUGUCAUUAAUUUUCAUGAACUGUUAUCUGAUGUGACACUUGCGUGCCUGCUAAGGUGCAAAGCAGCGGACAUGUCAAAAUGACCUUCCUCACAACAUUUAAAUGUUUUAAUUGACUGAAUGGAAGCAAGUCUAUUUUAUAUGCUGUUAUGGAAAUGCCUCUGGAAAAUGUAUGUUCCCCUCUUGUACAUCUUGGGCCCACUCUCACAGUAAUUUGUACACACAAGACUCUUGUUUGGAACUGCUGAUGGCAAGGCCAUGCUGUGAGUUUAUUUUAUGACAGAUCUCAAAUAACCCAGGAGAUAAUAUUAUAAAGUCUCUGUUUGGUGCAAUUGUGGAAAUGUAGUGGACUAUGGCCUGUAGAAACAGCAGCCAUAACGACUCUGGCCUGCGAACCAUGACAAGGUCAGCUCUCAUCACAUGAGGGCUUUGGGUAAACAGGCUGAACCAUCAGCUCCCAUCUGUAGCAUCGAAUCUCAGUCAACAGCGUAUGGUUCAUAAAAUAGUUCUGUAAUAGCACUAUUGUAGUACUACAACUUUGCGACAGUGUCACCAGAACACAUGUGUUUCCAGAGAAGAGCUGAACAGCAAGGAAGAUCAAAAUGUACUGCUCCCAGGCUAGAGUUGAACAUUUUUAUCAGCAUGGACUGUACCACCAUAAGGAAUGGGUGAGUGUGGGCAGAAGUUGCAUAACCACGGAGGGAAAAGACUUUGCAAACGACUGAUGCAGGGUUUUUUUAUUUUACAGCCCAUUGGCUGGGGCAUUUCAAUGGAAAGAGUGAGUAAUAGUGUAUAUGUCAUUGUGCUCGGAUGCAACAUUUGGACAGACUCUAAGCCAAAGGACUCUAAAAUCAAAAUGGAGAAAGGAGGAGGGGGAAGAUGGAAGUUAAUUGUCCACACCAACCAAGGGAGCUGUCUGGGAGGGCUGGCAGUGGUUCCAAAUCAUUCUGAGAAAGGUCCACAAUGGUUCUGAAUCUUGAUUCAGGCCCACAGCGACUCUGAAUCAUUGAGUCAGGCCCACAAAGAUUCUAAAUCUUUUCUAACAGACCUGCAGUGUUUCUAAAUCAGAGAUGGGCACACAAUGGUUAUGAAUCACGUGCAGACCACUAUGUAACUUAACAGCAUUACAGUCUUGUUUCCCUUCUCCUGGUGCUGUGGCAGACCUCAUCAUAUAGAUUGUUUUUUUUUUUUUUUUUUAAAUAUACAUAAUGGUGAGUGCAAGCAAAACUAUAAGCUUUGAAGUUAUUGAGUGCAAAUACAAAAUACGAAAAUGGAAAAAUUUUAAGUAUGUUUUGGUGUGUUGUAGAUAACUGUAUUUAUAUGCCUAGCAAUAUUACAAUUACAUUGAUACCAGAGGGCCAGUGAGGUGUGUCUAGAAUGUAAAAUAAAGCUUAAAACAAAGGGAUAUCAAUAAAAAAACAAGGCCUGCUACAAAAAGAACUGUAAAUAAAAGU